AUGGAUCCCGAAACGCAAUAUCCCGUGGAUGCCGUCACCACCGAGGCGAUGAAAACCUCCAAGCCGGUGGGCAUGGACAUGAGCCUGGACGAUAUCGUCAAGCAGCACCGCAACGCCAACAAAAAGCGCGGUGACGGGAAACUUUCCAAGGGCGGGAGCCUCAAGGUCAAGGCUGGGGUCAACAAGGGUGGACCGGGUCGAUCCAUGUCGGGCACUUUCGGUGGGCGAGGCAGCGGGCCGAUGUACCAGAAGCUGUAUGUACAUCACCCGAAGGCGUACAAACGCGAAGACGGCAUGACCGUGGUGCACAUCUUCAAGAUCAAUAAAGACAUCGUGCAGGUGAGCAGAGAGGGCGAGGUUCUGCUGGACACCGGCGGAGACCGCGGGCGCGGCGUGCGGCGAGCGAUGAACAACGCGCUCCGCAAGUUUGGGUUCAGGGUCACCUUCUCCGCGGAUGAUCCGGAGGAGUGGACGGUGAGCGACGGGGUGAGGUACUUGCAGAGGUACGAGGACGGGAUGGUGAUCCCUAGGCCGAAUCCCCCGGGUCCGGGCCGAGCGCUGGCGUUGCUGCAGGCGGACCCGCCCCCGUUUGCGUAUGCGGGUUUCCGCUCCGGGUUUCCACGACGGAGCGCGAGGGGGUUCGGCACGAGGGGCAUGGGGCGAAGUCGGCGGGGUCUCUGUUAG